GAUGUCUGCGCCCAUGGCGAUUGGGUGUCGAAAACAUCCCCGGCUCUUUUCGAAGCAUAUAUUGCACAAAUACCGUCAUCUGCUGAGAUAUUUGUCAAAUUCACAGAAGGAAAGAGAAUAUGACCUUGUUGUGAUUGGUGGCGGCUCUGGAGGAUUGGCUUGUUCAAAAGAAGCUGCACAGUUAGGGAAGAAAGUUGCUGUGCUUGAUUAUGUGAGUCCAUCACCACACGGAACCCAGUGGGGCCUUGGUGGCACCUGUGUCAAUGUUGGCUGUAUCCCCAAGAAGCUGAUGCACCAGGCAGCCCUGCUGGGACACUCUAUACAGGACAGCAGGUCAUAUGGCUGGGACGUCCCAGAGUCUGUUAACAAUGACUGGGAAAAGAUGUGUGGAGCUGUGCAGAAUUAUGUCAAGUCAUUAAAUUGGGGUCAUAGAGUGCAGUUAAAGGACAAGAAUGUAGAAUACUUGAAUGCCCUUGGAUCCUUUGCUGACCAACACACUAUCAGAGCCGUUGAUUCUAAAGGUCAAGAGAGAUCACUUACUACAGAACAUGCUGUUAUUGCUGUUGGAGGUCGCCCUACAUUACCUACACAGAUCCCAGGAAUGGUAGAACAUGCCAUCACAAGUGAUGAUAUAUUUUGGAUGAAGAAACCUCCCGGAAAAACGUUAGUUGUAGGCGGAAGUUACAUUGCGUUGGAGUCUGCUGGGUUCCUCACUGGUCUGGGGUUUGACACCACUGUCAUGGUUAGAUCUAUAUGUCUGAGGAUGUUUGACCAGCAAUUGGCAAAUUUAGUAACAGAUUAUAUGGAAAACAACGGAACAAGGUUUCUAAAGCAAUGUAUACCUUUAGGAGUUGUGAAAAAUGGAGAAGGAAAAUUGGAAGUUACAUAUCAGGAUGGAAAUGGCAACCAAAUUCAGGAGACAUUUGAUACGAUCCUCAUGGCUAUAGGACGAUACUCGGUAACAGGGAAGCUAAAUCUACAGCAGAUUGGUGUUGUUACGGAUGAUGUUGGCAAGGUCGUCGGGGGUCAUGGUGGUGACCUUGAAAGGAGCUCUGUACCUCAUAUAUUUGCUAUCGGAGAUGUUUUACAUGGAAGACCUGAACUAACCCCAGUAGCUAUUAAAGCAGGCAAGCUCUUGGCACAUCGUCUAUUUGGUGGAGCCCAAGCACAGAUGGAUUAUGAUAAGGUGGCUACCACAGUUUUUACCCCACUGGAGUAUGGUGUCGUGGGUUUAUCUGAGGAGGAGGCAUUAGCUACAUAUGGAGAGAGUGACAUAGAGGUAUACCAUGCUUACUACGUACCUUUGGAGUUUACUUUACCUGGACGAGAUGCCACCCAAUGUUAUAUCAAGGUUAUAUGUCAGAAGGGAGAGGAUGGGAGUGUCCUAGGCAUUCAUCUUACCGGACCAAACGCUGGAGAAAUCAUUCAAGGCUUCUCCGUGGCAAUGGGAUGUGGGGUCACCUGGCGACAGUUGUCUAGCUCUAUAGGAAUACACCCUACUACGGCCGAGGAGUUGGUCAAGCUUCACAUCACAAAGAGUUCCGGUGAAGACCCUGCCGUAACGGGAUGCUGAGGUUAAUUAUACCUGUGAUUGUCUCCUAGGGUAUAUUAAUAUAGACUAUAUAUAAUAAACAGGUGUGUGUAUGUGUGAGGGUGUGUGUGCCUUGAUUGUUGUUGAUGUGCAAUAUUAAUUAUUACCAACCUUGAAUACAUAAACCGCAAAGACACCAACUACAUCUGUUAAAGUGACAAGAUUAAAAACGGCAUCGACGAAUCAGUAUCAUUUUUCUUGCCAUAGUUUUUGUUAUGCAUGGCAAUGGCAGACAAAAGCUGAACGGGGUGAAAUGAGCCUUUCUACUUUCAUAUUUAUUUUUUUUAAAGCUGUAUGUGAUAUUAAUGAUUUAUCGAUGAAUAUACAAAUGAAUCUUUAUUUAGACUUUAGUUGGCACAUAUACUGGUACUAGUAAAAGUGAUAAUCAGUUAUUGUUGUGAAGAAGAACAUAUGUAUGUUUCAUUAUACAGUACACUUAAAAAUAGGGCAUCGCGUGUGUUUUAUUUAGACAUGUUUAUGUAAUCCAUUGAACUUGCUCAUAUCAUUUUGAUACUCGAUUGUGCUCGAGAUUAUUAUUACAGCCCCUGUCAUAACACUUGUUUUAUUUACAAGAUGGUGAUUUUAAUCAGUAUUAUUUCAUAUAUUUAUAUUAUAUAUAUAACAAAACACGAGUCUACCUGUCAACAUUGUACAAGUGACAUUCGGCCAGUACUAAAAAGUAUCCUUAAACAUCAUCUGGUUUUUACAGGUGUUAUUCAAAGACAGGAAAUCGUAAUGUAUCAAACUAUUCAUAUUAUAAGUUCAUUUGGCAUAAUUUGAUUUUUUUUUUAAUUUUAACUGGCAAAGACUAAAUAGUAAUAGUGAAUUUAUUGAUACUGCAUAUCAGUUAUAUGUAGCGUUGUUUUAUGUGCAAAUUAAUAGAGACCGUAUUCAGGUGUAGUAAGUAUUGAAUAAACUAUCAAAUAUAAGCCAGAGGUUGAAGUCUGACUGAAUCCACUAGUCCUGUAGUUAACGAACAGUAUCAUUGAUAUCUAAUCGAGCGUCAGUCUAUAAAAAGCCUCGUGGCGUGAAUACCGUAAUGAGAAAUAACGAUACAAUCGUAGCAAGGUGUAACAAGGCUCCUCGCCUCAUCUUAAUCUCCGGGGAAGGCGUUCUCGUCUUCAUUCAAUUCACGUAGAAUUGACACAGAUUCCCAGUCGACGUCCGAAUAUUUGUAUUAUAUAUAUAUCUUGAAACAAAAUAGUACAUAAAAUAUGGGUUUUGUGCCCGGUCUAUGUGGUUUAAUGUAAAGCGUUGUGAAAACGAUCAUGUGUUAAGGUUACAAUGCACCUGCAUUACAUGAAUUAUUCGAUGAUUUAUUUAUGAGUGUAAUAUACAUGUAUGACAGCUUUUUGAUAAUGUUUGAGAGAUAUACCAGUAUGUGAAAACUGUAUGUAUCCUUUCUGUAUAUGCCUUAUGGGACGUCACAGGGACACGUGUUCUCGUUUGUGUGAUAUUCAAGCGUCACGUGACUUGUAUGAUGGUUUUGGUUAUAAAAUUGCUAACGCAGUGGACCUAACCGGAUGUUGGUACCGAUGACCUUGAAUUAAUAAAUACUUAUUAAAUGUUGCUGAUUAUC